AACCCAAAGUGGCCCAGUCGCCGGCCUGGGAAAAGGUGAGCUUCACACCGGUGGCCUCUGCCGCAGACGCAUCUCCUCGUGUGACGUCCUCCCCUCGCGAGCGGCGUGCAUCUCACCGCGUGCGUCAGCGCGGCGUGCGAACUAACCCUAGUCCCGGGGGGCCAGCGGCGCGACCAGCGGUGCAGCCAAAUCGAGGAAGGAGUUGGGCAGUGGCGCGGCCAGCAUCUCCACGGCGCACGGGUGCUACCAGUUCAGUAGGCAGGCGAGAGGAACGCGGUGCUGCGACGGCUCGGCCGCUCGGCGCCUCCUGCGUGCUGCGCAGUUCUGUAUAAGCGCAGAGCAGCAGAGCAGACAACACUCAGCUACAACAGGAAGCCACAUGGUGUUGAAUGCUGUUAUCUGUUAGACUUUCUGAGUAGGCUAGGUUAGAUAAGAUAUCAUUGUUUUUGACAAAAAAUUCUGGGUUAAGGAUCAAGAUGAGUAGAAAAAUAUAUGGUGAAAAUGACUCUGAGAGAAUUGCUAGUGAUGGGACAGCUGCCCGCACAAGACCUCUGAGCAUUAAGGACAUUAUGCUGCGGCGUGAAAAGAAGGCUGCAUCAGAAUCUAAGAAAGCCAAGGAAGGGCUAGAAAAUGGUAAGGACAAAUCUACUCACUUGGAACGAGGAAGAGACCACAAAAGCAGAAAGGAUCCCAGAGAUAUGCCUGUGGAGGGUUCAAGAAAGGAGAAGAAUAGAGAUGCAACAAGGGAGGGCGCCAAGAAAGAAAAACCAAGACAUAUACCAAGGGAAUAUUCCAGAAAGGAGGACAUGAGAUAUGCACCAAAGGAGGUACCCAAGGACAACUCUAGAGAUAGGUCAAACACUGAUGCAAAGAUGGAUGACCUAAAAGAUGCACCAAAUGUCCCGGAGAAGGAAAGCCUGAGAGAUGCACCAAGGAAGGCCUCCAAGAAACGGAGGCCCUCAGGAGACGAUAAUCAUUCAGGUAGCAAAGACAAAGGCAUUCAUCAUUCUCAGAAACUUAGCACAAGCAUGAGUGGCCGGGCUGAUGAAAGCAAAACUAGAACUCUUAGUGAGAUCAGAGAAAGAAAGGGUGAUGUAAUGAGAUCUGAGUAUCAAAAGGAACCUGGAAAAAGAUGGAAUGAUGAAAUCAAUGAUGAUGAUAAAUUAAAGUUUAAGAGUGAGAAGCUUCGAAAUGAGACAAAGAGAAAAGACCGUAGCUUUGAUAAUGAGAGGAGUUUAGAGGUAGGACCAGUGUUGAAGAGACAUGAUUCUGCACGGUUCCAAGAUUCCAAACAUUCAGAUAGAAAUGCUGGAAGGAAUGAGUAUGCAACACCAUACCAUGGAGAAUCAGAGUUGAAAAGGAGAAGGUCCAGAAGCAGGGAUCAUGAUCGAGAAAGAUACAGUAGGUCUAUCUCACCGCCACUAAGGGAACAAAGGUAUAAUUACCGUGGACGUGAUUUUGGCAAUCCUCCUUACUACUCUAUGGAGAAAUCAAGGGGGAAGUAUGCUGAAGUUGAUAAACAAAGAUCGUCGGGGAGUGGUGGAUACAUUGGUGGGUUGCACCAGAGAUAUGAAAGCCGGCUUGGUGGAUACUCACCAAGGAAAAAGAAAACAUCACUGCAAGCUGAGCAGGCAACUACCAAGACUCCUUCCAAGGUCAUUCAGUCCCCAGAAAAAAAAUCAGCCACAUGGGAUCAGCCUCCUGUUAAAGCAAACCAAUCUAACUUUCCUACCACUUUCCUGCCAACUGUUGGCCAGAUGGCUCCUACUCCAUUCAGUUUCAGCGUGAUAAAGGACCCUUCAACUACAGCUGUGACAAUGUUGGCAGGUAAUAGUUUGACUGCAGAUUCUGUCCAGCUUACACAAGCAACGCGCCCACUCAGGAGGUUGCACAUUGAAAAUUUGCCUGAUUCAGCUACAGAGGAUAAGUUGAUUGACUGCUUGAAUGACUUCUUAUUGUCUACUGGCAGUAAACUCCAGCGGUCUAAACCAUGCCUCAGUUGUACGAUAAACAGAGAAAAACGUCAGGCUUUUGUGGAAUUUCUUACACCAGAGGAUGCUACAGCAGCUAUUUCUUUUGAUGGAAGGUCUCUAAAUGGAUCUGUGUUGAGAAUUCGACGCCCCAAAGAAUAUGUUGAAACGGUGAAUGUUACCCCUAAGAAGGCAGAAGAGACUGCUUUGAUAUCUGAUGUUGUUGCAGAUUCACCAUACAAGAUUUUCAUAGCGGGCAUUGCUGGAGUGAUCUCAUCUAAGAUGCUAAUGGAGAUUGUUAGUGCAUUUGGCCCAUUGGCUGCAUACCGCUUUCUUUUUAACAAUGAGCUCGGUGGACCCUGUGCAUUUCUUGAGUACGCCGACCGCUCCGUUACUUCUAAGGCAUGUGCUGGCCUCAAUGGGAUGAUGCUUGGUGGACGUGUACUGACUGCUGUGCAUGUGUUUCCUAAUCCUCAUGUGGAGUUGAAUUUUCAGGCUGCUAAUGAGGCUUCCCCAUUUUAUGGUAUUCCUGACAAUGCUAAAUUGCUUCUGAAAGAACCAACAAAGGUCCUGCAGCUAAAAAAUGUGUUUGAACGAGAAGAGUAUAUGCUACUUUCAAAAUCUGAGCUGGAAGAAACAUUGGAAGAUGUACGUGUUGAAUGUACGAGGUUUGGAGCAGUCAAAUCUGUAAAUGUAGUUGAGUAUCCUGCUGCUGGUGUCAGUGCUGCAGAGGAGAACAUAGUUGAGCUCAAGAUUGAAUGCACUGAAUUUUCUGAUACGGAAAACAUUGCAAAGGCUGUAUCAGAAUAUUCUGUACCGAUUAUUCCGAGCAUAGAUGUUCUAAAUCAUUCUGUCGCUUCGGAUACUAAAGAUGUGGAUCUUAUUCCAGAGAGUCAGGAUCAGAAGGACAAACACCUCCCUUCAAAUGCAGCACUUUGUGAGAGUGAGGCACCUGUAGCAGAUGAGGACGCAGAGCUUGAUGAAACUCAGUCUAGAGCUGCUCUCCCCACACCGCAACAUGCUGAAGCUGAUCAUACGGAAGCAGCUGUGGAUGAGAAUAAACAUACAGGAGCAGGGAAGGUUACUGCUACUGCAACGGACGACGAUGCAGUAGAAAAGAGUCAUGGAGACCCAAGAACCUCAGAGACCUGCAAUCCUGCUGGACCUACAGACAAAGCGGAGAAACCUGGAAGGUACUCCGAACAAGGCGCUGGUGAUGUGACUGAAGAUCGUCCAGAAAAAGAAGCCCAAGCUGUUGGGACCAGCGACACUGGUUUCGUGUUUGAACCUGGUUCUGUGCUUGUGGAGUUUUUGCGGGAGGAGGCUGCUUGCAUGGCCGCACAUUCCUUACAUGGGCGUCGCUUCGGGAACAGAACUGUGCAUGCUGGAUAUGCUCCGUAUGAUCUCUACUUGCAGAAAUACCCCAGGUGAUUCUGCGUUUGCGACUGCAUGAGUUGCGAUACGAGCUUUGCCUAUGUGCCAGUAUUUCACAGAAACUUCAGACUUGUAGUUUUGGCUUUUGAGCCUUUGGAUGGUUCUUCCGGUCCAGAUAGUGGUACCAUUAGUUGAACGAAAUAUUUGGAAAUGUUGUUCCACAGUAGAUAUCGGAUGGACAAUAGGAUAUAAGUACUGGAUAGAGACACAAGUUGUCGUUAACAUCGUUCUUUACUUCGCUAUUAAUGUUUUUGAUGACGUCAGACAUUAGUGUGGAUGGAUGGAUGGAAUGGAUUUAUUGCAAGAUUUUGACUGCUAUAAUCUCAUUUUUUUACUA